AUGGCACACGUCAUGAAAGCUGGCCACUCAGAAAGCUUUGUUCUUGCACUUGUUGCCAUCUUGACGGAAGGUUUGAAACGUCAUGCUUCUCUCUGCCAAUCGGAGACAAAACGUGAUCAGCGGGAGCCGGUGACACUUGCCUUUGAUCUCACACUCGUCUUCGUGUCAAUGCCACCAGGCUCUAUCGACAUGAGUUCAUCGGCUUCGUCUAGCUCUGCCAGAGCCGAGCGACGCAAAUUCCGACGAGGCACGACAAGCUGCUGGGAAUGCAAACGGCGCAAAACACGAUGCCACUUCGAAAAGAGUGGCUCAAGCGCUUGCGAGGCUUGCGAGCGCCGUGGAUGCAGGUGUGUCCUGCAGCAUGUCGAGGAGCCGUCUUCAGUCACAGAGGCAGCGGACCGUUCGAUUCGCGCUCAAGAUGCUGGACAUCAAUUGGGUCAUCUUGAGGACUUGGUUGGUCGACUGGUACGUCAGUCGACUCUUCCCGCUGCUUCAAUCCGUGAUUCUGGGCAUGUCCUGCAAACCCAAAAUCCACCCAGAGAAUUGCAGAGCAGUGCAUCAACCAACCAUGCAUCCCGACGAACCCCACAACUACAACACUCUUCCGACUCUCGACGCAGAUUGCUUCCCAAGCCGGGCCACAGGCCAACGCAGAGCUCCUUUAGUCACUCAACGGACGAUAAUCUCGAGACCUUGAACCAACCAACUCAGACCUCAACACCCCGUCCGUCAUCACUGGUCAAUACGGCCGAUGCCUUGCUGCUGCCGCCUCACCCAACCAAUGGUGCUCUGCGGUGCAGCUCCGUGACUAUGCUCUUGCAGUCCAUACUCCCGUCCGCCAACGUCACCACUCGCAUCAUGCAUCAAAACAAGCUGCUGAUGAUGUCGAUGCACGUCUUCCGGGGCUUGUCCACCGACCCUUUUCGAUCUGUAGCCCCUCGACAAAUCUCCCUCUUGGCUUCUCCAAUGUCGAGCAACGCCGACCCGAUUGAUCUAGCUCGACGACUAAUUCAGCUCGCAAUCUGCCUUCAGCAGUCAGAUCGCACAUCGGAGAUCUCUGCGCUCUGCCUCGAUCGGUCGAAUAGUGACGUUGCCGGCCAAUUUUUUGAGGCUGCUUCUCGUUAUGUCACCUCUCAGGACUCUCUUGUCGUCUCCUUUGGUGGCAUAGAGACAUUGAUGCUUGAAGGACUUUACCACAUCUCGACGGGCGAGAUGCGGCUUGCUUGGCUCGUGUUUCGCCGAGCGAUAGGCAUUGCUCACCUGCUGGGCCUCCACGUCCCGCACCGGCGGCGUCACAGCAAGCAGAUGCCGAUCUGCUUGGCGACUCUCUGGUUUCGCCUCAUAUUCACGGAGCGCUACCUGGCGUUGGUGCUCUGCCUUCCAAUAUGUGUCCGAGACGAUAGCUUCAUGGACGACUUAAAUGGCCUAGAGCCUCAAGAACAGCUUGAGCGUGUCCAGGCCAAGCUUACGAGUCGUAUCAUAUCCAGGAACGAACUGAUGCAACGGGAUCGUUGCGCAAACGACCUUACCUACGACCAUUACAAUGUGACGAAGGACAUUGACCACGCGUUGAAGCAGGCGGCGCGAUCUCUGUCAGCAGACUGGUGGGCUUUUCCGAGACUGAAGGAUGCUCAGACCAAUGCGGAGCUGAAAAAUAUGACGUCCAAGGUUGUUCUUCAGUUGCAUCAUUACAACCUUGUACUGUUGCUUCAUCUGCCGUACAUCGUCCCGCGGCUCGGAAUUGGCUCUACUAGCCAGGGCACCCAAGACUACACAAACUCCAAGCUCUCCGCCAUGUUUGCCAGUCGUGAGCUCCUUACCCGGUGCCUCAUUCCGGUCAGCCCUAAUCGUGUGUCCGCUUCAACUCGGGGGAAUACCCUCAAGGUUAUCCUUGCUGCCCUGGCCCUUCUACUAGCUCACCUGGAUAGCCACCGGCUAGGUCGCGACAAUGCUUUUGAUCAUCAGCGCUUAAUGGAUCUAUUGAUGGUCGAACGAGCCAUUCAAGGCCUGGAAUCCAUGGCUCAAAAGCACGAUGAUGUGCUGUGCUUCUCCGCCGUUCUAGCUCUGAAGAGGCUUGGCAACAUGGAGGCAACAGCCGCAGACGGCCUUGAUCUCAGCGUUUGGUGCGAGCCGAGCGAGCUGAUGCUUUUGGAGUGCUUGGUCCGAGACGAAAAGGACACACUCAUACUUGUGUUUCCAUAUGUUGGGAACAUUCACAUUGUGCGCCAGUGCCAUCAAGAUGAUGCGCCAAUAAGCGAGGCUGCAUCUAGCGGCGUAACGGAGACGACCAUCCUCAACAAUGAUCUUUCGACUUCAUCGUGGCCUCCAUUAUCCUUUUGGCCCGACUUGGCCCCCAUCACUCCCAGCCUUGGUGAUACGCAGAGUACCAUACCUGAUGACCACGAAAUUCACAACUCAUACAACCUACCAAGCGGCGAUGCCGAGCGUGUGCAUAUGCCGGCGAUGCCGCGGCUACUUUUACAGGACCUCCAUGUUUCAGACGGGAUUUGA